CUUUCUCGCUGACUUGUACUUGCGUUCUGUCGUUUUGCUCUCUACCGCCACCGUCGUCGUCUUUUCAUAGCUCUCGAGUGUAGCUCUCUACUAUUACCAUGUCCACGAACUGCAGACGCCGCCUCAUCCGAGACUUCAAACGUCUCUCGACGGACCCACCAAGUGGCGUCUCAGGAAGCCCAUGUCCGGAUAACAUUAUGCUUUGGAACGCCGUCAUAUUCGGUCCAGCCGACACUCCUUUCGAGGAUGGCACCUUUAGACUGCUCUUGACCUUUGACGAGUCCUAUCCCAACAAGCCUCCCACUGUCAAGUUUCUGUCCCGCAUGUUCCAUCCAAACGUCUACGCCAACGGUGAACUCUGUCUCGAUAUCCUCCAAAACCGCUGGUCUCCUACGUACGACGUCGCCGCCAUCCUCACCUCCAUCCAAUCCCUUCUGCAUGAUCCCAAUCCCAAUAGUCCCGCGAAUGCCGAAGCGGCUCAGCUGUACCGAGAAAACAUGAAAGAGUACGUCCGUCGAGUCAAGGAGACUGUUGAGGAGAGUUGGCUCGAUCCCGAGGAAAAGGAGCGGAUGAAGCAGGAGGACGCGCAGGCGGCGUCGCAGUGACACUGUGGGUAGCAUCCGUCUUGGGGUUACGUUGUGUGUGGAACACGACGUACGAUUGUUGUAUGAUACACGGAACGCAUUAGAGCAUCACUUUGCAUAUAUCUCUGUUUCGUUGCGAUUGUCGAUUCCUCCCGUGGGACCAUUUACUCGUAUACCCGUCCUAGCCGUUAGGGUGAGGGGCGUCUGAGAGUCCGAUAGCUCUAUCCUCGAGAGGACUCAAUAAUGUAUAUCAUUUUGGACGAUGUAGUAAUGCAUUCUUGGAUGUGGCC